UGGGCAGGGAGGCUGCAGCUGAGGGGGUGGGAAAGGGAGCGUGACUUCUGGAACCAUGCCAGGGGACUGCAGCUGGAGGAACGUGUGCGAAUAUGAGACGGAUAAAGUUGUCCGCAUUCAAAGCGUGACAUAUGGGAACAUAAAGUGGAUUCUCCACAUGAUAGUGUUUUCCUAUGUUAGUUUUGCCUUGGUGAAGGAUAAGCUCUAUCAGCAAAAGGAGCCCCUCAUCAGCUCUGUGCACACCAAAGUGAAAGGUCUGGCGGAGGUAAAAGGACAUAGACCACCGAAAAUCUUUGACACUGCAGAUUACACCUUUUCCUUGCCGGGAAACUCCUUCUUUGUGUUGACUAACUUCAUAGAAACAUACCAGCGUCAGGGUGAAUGUCCUGAGUAUCCCAGUCCCAGGACUCUCUGUUCGACAGAUCGUUCAUGUAAAGCUGGGCGGAUGGACCCACAGAGCAAAGGAAUUCAGACAGGAAAGUGUGUGAAAUAUGAUGAAACCCGCAAGACAUGUGAGGUGGCUUCCUGGUGUCCCGUAGAAGCACUAAGAGACGCCCCCCAACCUGCCCUACUGAAGAGUGCUGAAAACUUCACGGUGCUCAUAAAGAACAAUAUCGAUUUUCCAGCCCAUAACUACACCACAAGAAACAUUUUACCAGAUUUAAACACAUCCUGUACGUUUCACAAGAUACAGAAUCCACAAUGUCCCAUUUUCCGACUAGGAGAUAUUUUACGAGAAACAGGAGAAGAAUUUUCAGAAGUAGCAAUCAAGGGUGGAAUUAUGGGCAUUGAGAUUUCCUGGGACUGCAACCUGGACCGAUGGUUCCAUCACUGCCGCCCACAAUACAGCUUCCGCCGCCUGGAUGAUAAGACCACCAAUGAAUCUCUGUAUCCGGGCUUCAAUUUCAGAUAUGCCAAGUACUACAAGGAAGGAGGCAUAGACACACGAACUCUGAUCAAAGCCUACGGGAUCCGUUUUGACAUUCUAGUUUUCGGCACGGGAGGAAAAUUUGAUUUUAUCCAAAUGAUCAUUUACAUUGGCUCAACGCUAUCCUACUUUGGUUUGGCAACGGUGUUUAUCGACUUUCUUAUUAGUUCAUAUUCUAAUGAGUGCUGUAGAACUCGCAUAUAUCCCUGCUGCAACUGCUGUAAACCAUGUGUUGUCAAUGAACAUUACUACAGGAAGAAAUGUGAAUUAGUUGUGGAGCCUACGUCGACCUUAAAGUAUGUGUCAUUCGUCGAUGAACCACACAUUAGAAUGGUGGAUAAACAACUACUAGGGGAAAGUUUGCAAGAUGCUAAAGGUGAAAACAUCCCAAGACCCGGUACGGAUUUCACAGACUUCACCAAGAUGCGCCCACCACUCCCUUACCAAGCUCCAGCCCCCGGCCACCCCCAGGAACUCCAGACACUCAAUAGAGAAGAACCCCCUGCUUCCACCAGGGAAAGUCCUCGAUGGUGUCACUGUGGAAACUGCUCCCAAUCCCAACUGCCUAAAGGCAACAGAUGCCUCGAGGAGCUUUGCUGCCGGGAAAAGAAAGGCCCUUGCAUCACCACUUCACCUUUGUUUCAGGAGCUGGUCCUCUCCAGACCCACCCUGCAGUUUAUGCUCUUCUAUCGAGACCCCUUGAUGACUCUGGACCCUGACGGCCUGACCAGGGAGCUCCGGCACUGUGCAUAUAAGCGCUAUAUUGACUGGCGUUUUGGCUCCGAGGACAUGGUGGACUUUGCCAUCCUGCCUAGUUGCUGUAGGUGGAGGAUCAGGAAAGAGUUUCCAAAGCCAGGUGGCCAAUACAGUGGCUACAAGAGCCUACACUGAAAUUUUUGUCUAAAACAGCAGGUCUACCUGGCUUCUCUUUUACUCUCCCAAGUGCUUAGCCCAGUGCUCUGCACAUAGUAAGCACUCCAUAAAUACCAUUGGAUUGACUGAUUUUAUGACUAACUUGCCAGAGCCUUUGCAGAAGAAGCCCCAAGGUAGCAUUUUGGCAAAAACAUCUGCAUUUUCCAUCUGCAUUAUGCCUCUCUGUGGGCUGAAUUCUUUAUCUGGCCAGUCAGGGAGAGUAUGGGCUGCUGAUAGCAUCUGUUAGGCACUUUUUCCUCCGUCUUCAGCUCCUGUGGCACUAUACCUGAUGUAAACUGAUGGUGCAGGAAACUGACUCAAUGAUGCUUUGAAAGUCAGUAGACACAGAGUCAUCAACCUCACUACUGAGUCCUUUCCACUAAAAGGUUAAUAAAAAAAAGUGUAAGACCCAAACCUUAGCUUUCCUGAACCUGCCUCCUGCCAGGUUUCCUUUUACAUAAGGUUCAUACCACUACGAAAAUGUUAUUUUAAAAAACCCCAAAUAAUGUACAGUGUGCCUAUUAGACUUGUAAGUUCAUUCAGUUUUGGUCCUAUAUCAUAUGGUGGCACUUGAGGAAUAAAACUUAAUGAACUUACAAGUCUUUCAUUGCAUUUGAUAAAAGCAUAGGCUGGGAUGUGUGUGUGUGUGUGUGUGU